UAUUCAUUCAACGGAAGGUGAAAGUCUGCCGGUCUGCGCCAGCGUCUGAUAUCAAUGGCUUUCAGGGCUCAUUUUAUUUGAAUGUCUGGACUUUAUAUAAUUUCAACCCUAAGAAACCAAUGAUGGAUAUCCUAUGGAUUUUAUGGACUCUAGUACCCUCGGUCCUGGCUAUUGAAGAAAUGUUGAUGGACUCCACCACAGCAACCGCAGAGCUUGGCUGGACAGUAUAUCCAGUGUCGGCAACAGGUGACAGCAGUAUAAGUUGGGAAGAAGUAAGUGGCUACGAUGAGAACAUGAACACCAUUCGUACCUAUCAGGUGUGUAACGUCUUCCGCCCCAACCAAAAUAACUGGGUGCGCACCAAGUACAUCCAAAGAAGAGGGGCUCAACGCAUUCACGUUGAGAUGAAGUUCUCAGUGCGAGACUGCAGCAGCAUCCCAGGAGUCCCUGGUUCGUGCAAGGAAACAUUCAACCUCUUUUACUAUGAAUCAGAGAGCGACAAGGCCACUAAAGACUUUCCUCCAUGGAUGGAAAACCCUUGGAUCAAGGUGGAUACCAUUGCGGCCGACGAGAGUUUCUCGCAAGUAGAUCUGGGCGGACGCGUGAUGAAGAUCAACACAGAAGUUCGCAGUUUCGGCCCAAUCUCCCAUAAAGGUUUCUAUCUAGCCUUCCAGGACUACGGAGGGUGCAUGUCGCUAAUCGCCGUGCGAGUGUUCUACCGAAAGUGCCCUCGCACUAUUCGGAACGGAGCCUUAUUUCAGGAGACUCAUUCGGGAGCAGAGAGCACCUCACUGGUGUUGGCGAGGGGCGAGUGCAUCCCUAAUGCAGAGGAGGUCGACGUUCCCAUUAAACUGUACUGUAAUGGAGAUGGAGAGUGGAUGGUCCCUAUUGGCCGCUGUAUGUGUAAAGCGGGUCACGAGGCAGUGGAGAAUGGAACUGUUUGCAGAGCAUGCCCUUCAGGUUUCUUCAAGACUGCACAAGGUGACGAGAAAUGCCUGCAGUGUCCAAUCAACAGCCGCACGACCAACAACGGAGCCACCAACUGCGUCUGCCGAAAUGGAUAUUACCGCACAGACUCGGACCCCUUAGAGAUGCCCUGUACAACUGUGCCGUCGGCUCCUCAAAACGUCAUCUCCAGUGUGAACGAGACGUCGCUGAUGCUGGAGUGGAAUCCUCCGCGGGAGACCGGCGGUCGCGAUGACGUGGUCUACAACAUCAUCUGCAAGAGCUGCGGAGGUGGCAGAGGGGGCUGCACACGUUGUGGGGACAACGUGCAGUUCGUUCCACGGCAGCUGGGACUCACAGAUACCCGGGUCUUCAUAAGUGACCUGCUGGCCCACACCCAGUACACUUUUGAAGUCCAGGCUGUCAAUGGAGUAUCAGACCAGAGCCCUUAUUCGCCCCAAUAUGCAUCAGUAAACAUCACUACUAACCAGGCUGCUCCUUCUACGGUGUCUAUCAUGCAUCAGGUCAGUCGCACCAUUGACAGCAUCACUCUCUCUUGGUCCCAGCCAGACCAGCCCAAUGGGGUCAUAUUGGACUAUGAGCUGCAGUAUUAUGAGAAGGACCAGACGGAGCAUAACUCUUCCAUAAUAAAGAGUCAAACCAACACUGCAGUCAUCCGUGGCCUCAAACCCGGAGGCAUCUACGUCUUCCAGGUCCGAGCACGUACGGUGGCAGGGUUCGGACGGUACAGUGGCAAGAUGUACUUCCAGACCAUGACUGAGGAGGAGUACAACACUAGCAUUCAAGAGAAGCUGCCUCUCAUCAUCGGCUCGGCGGCUGCUGGUCUGGUCUUCCUCAUUGCGGUGGUAGUCAUCAUCAUCGUUUGCAACCGACGUGGAUUCGAAAGAGCAGAUUCAGAAUACACAGACAAGCUGCAGCACUACACCAGCGGCCACAUGUCACCAGGAAUGAAGAUCUACAUUGAUCCGUUUACAUACGAAGACCCCAAUGAAGCAGUAAGGGAGUUUGCUAAGGAGAUCGACAUUUCGUGUGUGAAAAUCGAGCAAGUCAUUGGAGCGGGAGAGUUUGGAGAGGUGUGCAGUGGUAACCUAAAGCUCCCAGGAAAGAGGGAGAUGUUUGUGGCCAUUAAAACACUGAAGUCUGGUUACACAGAAAAGCAGAGACGGGACUUCCUGAGCGAAGCAAGCAUCAUGGGGCAGUUUGAUCACCCCAAUGUGAUCCAUUUGGAGGGAGUGGUGACCAAGAGCAGCCCUGUCAUGAUCAUCACAGAGUUUAUGGAGAACGGCUCAUUGGACUCCUUCCUCAGGCAAAACGACGGCCAGUUUACUGUGAUUCAGCUGGUGGGCAUGUUACGAGGGAUCGCCUCUGGGAUGAAGUACCUCGCAGACAUGAAUUACGUGCACCGGGACCUGGCCGCCCGCAACAUCUUAGUUAACAGUAACCUUGUGUGCAAGGUGUCCGAUUUUGGACUCUCGCGCUUUUUGGAGGACGACACAUCUGAUCCCACCUAUACCAGUGCCCUGGGUGGGAAGAUCCCUAUUCGAUGGACAGCCCCAGAGGCCAUCCAGUAUAGGAAGUUUACCUCCGCCAGCGACGUAUGGAGCUACGGGAUUGUCAUGUGGGAAGUAAUGUCGUACGGAGAGCGGCCAUAUUGGGACAUGACCAAUCAGGACGUCAUCAACGCCAUUGAGCAAGACUACCGGCUGCCCCCUCCCAUGGACUGCCCCAGUGCCCUCCAUCAGCUCAUGCUGGACUGCUGGCAGAAAGACCGCAACAACCGGCCCAAGUUCAGCCAGAUUGUCAACAACCUAGACAAGAUGAUCCGUAACCCCAACAGCCUGAAGGCCAUGACUCCACUGUCAUCAGGUGUGCAUCUGCCCUUGCUUGACCGCAGUGUGCCCGACUUCUCUACUUUUAACACUGUGGAUGAUUGGCUGGACGCUAUUAAGAUGGGCCAGUACAAAGACAACUUCGCCAAUGGCAACUUCACCAGCUUCGACCUCGUUUCCCAGAUGACCAUGGAGGACAUUCUCAGGGUCGGAGUGACACUAGCGGGUCAUCAGAAGAAGAUCCUCAACAGCGUUCAGAUGAUGAGGGCCCAGAUGAACCAGAUCCAAUCGGUAGAGGUUUGACCACGUGCCCCGAUUAGACUGGGAGGGAGGACAAGAGGAGGAGGCGGAGGGCCAACGUGAAGGGAUGGGGCGACCACCGCAGACCCUAAGCCUGAUUUUCCUUCUGGACCACCUAGGAUAUCCACCUGCCCCCUCCUCCGAAACACUCUCGUUCUCCAUCUGUGUCAUCUGAAUCCCCCAUUAACCCCCAGACACCCUAACGGGCUCGACUCGGGAAAGCCACGUCUGGAAAAUAUGGUCACAACACCUGAUCGUUUAGCUUUAGCCUCCACCAAUCACAGGAUGACCCUUCAGUCUGCCAGCAAUAGGCUCCGCCCCUUAUUUUCCUUUUACUUUCUUUCCAGUUUUAUUAUUUUUUGUUUUUAGUCUUCUUUUUUAAAGAGUUUUUGUAAAGAAUUUUUAAAGCUAUGAAAACACAAGGAAUCUAUAUGAAAUAUAUAGAUCGGUGUGACGUUGCAGACUAAAUACGGUGGACUGAAUCGAAAGGCUACCCUUUAAAAGGGCAAUGAAGAAACAGGAGGUGUAAAAAAAAAAAAAAAAAAAAAAAAAAAAAAAACUCGCCCCACAAUACAUGCUUCAGAGAUUUUCUUUCGAAUACUUUAGGAAAAUCUCAAAUAGAAAUAAUGACUCUCAGUGGAUACACACGGGACACCCUACGGGACCUUAAUCCCUCUCCCCUCGCUGACAGCCGAGGGAAAAGUAUGUGAACACCAUAAAAUGGGACUUCCUUUUGGCAGCCGAUACUGCCUUGAAGAAAAUACAAGACUUUUUUUUUGCAGUUUUAACUACAUCAACACACAGAGAAAAAAACAAAACAAAAUAGUUAUCAGUGUUGAAUUUGUGGUGCAGACUUCUCAUUGCUUGGGGGGAGAAAAAAGAAAUAUUUUACAGAUGUCAUAAAAGCCUGCCAAAUAGAGCAUCAUCCCUUUGUACCUCGUCCUGUACAUAUCAGAUGCGCUUGACGUUGUGAGGUCAUCAGUACAAGCCUGAUGUAGUCCAACAUUUAGUUUCAGUUUCAGUAUUAGAUGGAUCUACAUUGACAUUUGAUGGAUUUUCUUUCGUGUGCGUGUGCGUAUAUGACUUGAGGGGGUCAUCUUUUAUAUUCUUCCUCCUUUUUGUCAUGGGCUAAGAUGAUUUAGCGAAAGACGGCGUAAGAUAUUCUCCCCCGCAGUUGUGUAGUCGCGUUCUUUUCGUGAACUGCUUUCAGAGAAGGACCCCGAGUGCACGUAUGGUGUGGUCUUCACAUCAUCUACGCUCUUCUUUUAUGUUUGGAUCCCUGCCGUGUGCGUGUGUGUGUGUGUGCGUAUGGAGCCCAUCGAGCGGCGCAAACCUAUGAGUUCACAGAAAGCUUGGAUUUGAUACACUUUGCAGAUCACUGUGUUGAUAUGCUUAUAUUUUUGCCACCAUUUCUUUAAAACAAAAAAAGAUGUUUUAUAAUAAGGUGUUUAGGGGUUUUAAUAUCUGAUAAAGUAUGCAGUUAGAGGACAUUUUCAUAACAGGGAAGUGAUUGUUCAUUGUGAAGCAUAGUUUUAUAUGAGGAUAUUGUUAUUGUAUGACAUUUUUGAACUGGUUGCAUUCACCAAUUGGGGCCAAGCUUAAAUUUGAAGUUUCACGGGACAAUAUCAGCUGUAAAUUAGUGUGUGUGUAUAGGUUUUAUUUUAUUUUUUACAAAAAAAAAAAAAACAUCCGUAAUUCCUACCGUUAUUCAUGGUAUGGUACUUCCACAAUGCUCUCUGAGAUCUUUCACCUCCAUGACAUAGGCUAAGAACAAAAAACUCUGUAUAUAAUAUUCUAAAGCAGAAACGUCCCCCUCAGAGAGAGGUUUUCUCAAAACUGUGUUGGAUUUUAGUGUACAUAUACAUUUUUGUUAUGAAUGUUGUUGAAAAAGGAGAGUCGCUAUUGUCAAUGUUUAUUUUGGGCCUUUUUGUACUAGGAUGGGAAGCAGCCGUAGAGGUGAACAGGCCGGAGGCAUCUUCAUCCAUGCUGGAGCGUCUGUGUGCGUGAAUGAGCGCUUGUGUGUUUGCACGUGCAGGUACGUCCGUGUACCAGCGUUACGGUCACUGUGGAUAACAAUAUACUCCUCGCUCAGCCGUCGAGGGGCUCGCUUUACUUCAUAACCUCAGGGUUGACAUGCAUCUGUGUUAAAAGAAACAUGCAGUACUGUGAGGUCAGUUUAUUGUAGGUAAGAUCCAUUGGCUGAAUCUCAGACUGCUGAUGAAGUUCUAAUCAGAUGGUGUUGACCGUUCUCUGUUCUUCCCAUUACAUAAUGCUUCCAUCAGAAUGAAGAUUCUGUCGUUCAGUGUUCGGGCAUGAAACACGACGUCCCAGCAGACAGGCCAUCCCAGGUGUGAGCUCUUGAGAGACGUAGCGAUGAAUUCGAAAGGCUUGAGAGACGACAGUGUCUACUUUUUGCUCUGUUUCCAGAAAGACGGUAGGAUUUUGCUUUCCUUAGAGCUUGAUAUAGUAAAUGGCCCUUUAGUUUUAGCUCUCAGCUUUUCAGUCGUUCUUGGGAACUUUUUUUAUCACCAGCAGGAGGAUACAGGGAGAAAGGAAAUGAAUCUGGGCUUAACACCUUGUCCUAACCAGCAACUUGUAAUUUGUCCGUCGACACUGGAAGCAAAAAUUCAGUCCAGCGCAGUCGUAGCCCAUUUUUUUAAUAUGCAGUCACUACCGUGCAAAAGUUUGGGGUCCUUAAGUGUCUCAUGCUCACCAAGGCUACAUUUGGUCAAACAGACAGCAGUAUUGUAAAGCAUUACUACAAUUCUACAUUUAUUUUUGUUAUGGCAAAGCUGAAUUUUCAGCAGCCAUUGCUUAAUUAACGACCAAGGUGUCACAUAAGGUAUAUAUACACUACCAGUCAAAAGUUUUUGAACAGUACGAUUUUAAAUGUUUUUAAAGAAGUCUUUUCUGCUCACCAAGCCUGCAUUUAUUUGAUCCAAAAUACAGCAAAAACAGUAUUGUUAUGAAAUGUAUAUAUAAUUGUUUUCUAUUUUAAAAUGUGAUUUAUUCUUGUGAUUUCAAAGCUGAAUUUUUAGCAUCAUUACUCGUUUUUAGUGCCACAUAAUUCUUCAGAAAUCAGUCUAAAUGCGUUUUUUUUUUACAAUUCUUUGAUAAACAGUUCAAAAGAACAACAUUUACAGUAGCCUUUAUAGUCUCUUCUGUCACUUUUUAUUAAUUUAAUGUCUGCUUGCUGAAUAAAAGUAAUAAUCAAAUUUAAAAGAAACAAACAAUGACAACAAAAAAUGUUGCCAGAGGGUAUUUACACAAACUCUGCCUACAAAGUGGUUAGGCUAGUCAACAUUACAAAAAUGGCUGUUAAACAACAGCUCCAGUGUGUUAGUAGUAACUUUUUGAUGCGAUCGACCCGAGUUCGAAUCCGCUUUUUGACAAAUUCGUUCUAUCACAUAUCAGAUCGGAAAAGCAUGUAUUUUCUCUAAAAUUAAGGAAAUAAUUGAAAAGUGUAAAAUAAAGUGCAUCGCAGGUGUUUAUCAGUUAGAGUAGAGAGAGCUUAUUGUCCCAACAAGGCUGCAUCCAUUUAACAAUUUUAAUAAAAAUGAUCAUUUACACUCAAUACAGUAUGUUAUUACUGCAUACUGUUUUAUAAUGUACUACAAUAGUGAGGUGCAAAUAUCUGCCACUUGCACCAAGUAGUAUAAAUAGCAUCUAACUAAUAUUACUGCAAAGAAAAUACAGCUAUUUUUACAGUGUAAAUAGAAUCUAUCGCUUUUUGCACUUAGUGCAAAUAGCCGCUGCCAAAAAAAAUCUUAAUGACCCCAAACUUUAGAAUUAUAAUGUAUGUGGACCAAUGAGAUUUCUCUGUGGGCAGUGCUAUCAGGCUGCUUCUAUUAUUUCUAUUUUGCGAUUGAUUAAAAUAAAGUCCUUCAUGACAAAAAAAAAGAAAUCAUUAAAAAAUUACAUUUAAGCAAUACAUUUUAAUAUUCAGAAAUCUUUGUAAACACCCAUUUUCAUGGUACACUACCAGUCAGAAGUUUUUUAACUGUAAGAUUUUUAAUGUUUUUUUUUUUUCUGUUCAACAAGCUUGCAUUUAUUUGAUCCAAAGUACAGGAAAAACAGAAAUAUUUUUACUAUUUAAAAUAACUGUCUUCUAUUUAAAUAUAUUUUAAAAUGUUAUUUAUGUAAAUCCUGUGAUUUCAAAGCUGAAUUUUAGCAUCAUUACUCCAGCCACGCGAUCCUUUAGAAAUCAUUCUAAUAUUCUGAUUUGCUGCACAAAAACAUUUAUUAUUAUUAUUACAUUGAAAACAGUGAAUUUGUUCAGGUUUCUUUGAUAAAUAGAAAGUUCAGAAGAACAGCAUUUAUCUAAAAUAGGAAUAUUUUAUAACAUAUAAAUGUCUUUAUCAUCACUUUUGAUCAAUCUAUAGCAUCUUUGCUAAAUAAAAGUAUUUGUUUCUAUAAUUUCGUUUUCCAAAAAAAAAAAAAAUAAAUAAAUAAAUAAUUAUGCUGACUCCAAGCUUUUGAAUGGUGUAGUGUAUAAUGUUACAAAAGCUUUUUAUUUCAGAUAAAUGCUGAUCGUUGGAUCUUUCUAUUCAUCAAAGAAUCCUGAAAUGUACUCAACUAAAUUUGAUAAUAAUAAUAAAUGUUUCUUGAACUGCAAAUCAGCAUAUUAGACUUCUGAAGGAUCAUGUGAAACUGGAGUAAUGAUGCUAAAAAUUUAGCUUUGAUCACAGGAAUGAAUUACAUUUUGAAAAUAUUUAAAAGCAGUUGUAACAUAUUUCACAAUAUUACUGCUUUUGCUAUAUACUGGAUCAAAUAAUUGCAGGCUUGGUGAGCAAAAUUCUUUAAAAAAACAUCAAAAAUCUUACUGUUCAAAAACUUUUGACACCUUGGUCACUUUCAGCAGCUGGUUGAGACAAGGAGUGAGUCAGGGAGGUGAGAGACAGAUUGAGAGUGAAGAAUGUUCUCACAUCAUAAAACUUCACCAGUGAUGGUGCCAGCAGCCGCCUUUACCUGUCUGUCCAGCGCAUCCUCUCAAUAUUUAAUGGCUUCUCAGUGUCACUGCUGCACUGUGAAACUACGGUUCUGAAUGCCUCGUCUUCCUCAGAAUAACACUGCUUCUGCUUCGCCCUCCUAGGACAAUCACUGUCACUCAAUACCAGGAACCACACACACACACACACACACACAUUGCUGCUGUACGUCUAGAAAACCUACAGAAAUGCAGAAGUUUAGACUCUCAUGGCAGUAGCUCAGCAAUAUUUAGAGGUGCCGCCCGCAAGUUCCAGCGUGUUUUAAAUCAGCCGAACAGCACCGGAUUAACAGAGCUUUGAAUGAAAUCCAGUGCUGAAGGGAUAUCCUGUGUUCCUGAUCCUCAUCUUCUUUUCCUUCCAAUGAAAUGUGUCAUUUCAUAAGUACAGUUUCACGGGUCUGCGCUAUUUGCAAGAAGACGUUUUUCUUGCAGCUUGGCGCUGAUGAUCACACGAGUUUCUGGCACUUUAAAUCGAGAGAUCCGAAGGAACAUUAACAGCCAAUGAGCCUUUCUGUUUUAAGAUAUUGAUACGUUGAAAGAUUCUGACAUUUGCUACGCAUUUUCUUCAGCAAACCUGUAUUUACAUAGAAAUAUUUCAUCACGGCGGUCUUAUGUAAUUCUGUUUUUCCACUGCAUCGAGUUUGUUUCUCAGUAGGGGACUAAUUACUUCAUACGUCUCCCUCUCUCAUUUGUCGUUUAACAGAACACUACGUAAACCACAGACAAAUGAGACGUGGCGUCGAGAGUGUGAAAGAAUGUCACGCUGAGUGAUUUAAGCACUUCUUUUUGUUUCUUUCACAUGGAUUAUCACCUUAAACGAGUAGGUUUCUACCACAACACAGUUCUUUUUUAUCCAAAGUGGUGGGAAAGAUGGCACACAGGCGUUUUUUGAUACUCAGAGUCCUUUUUGUUCAGACGGCUUGUGAAAAUAGCCAGUAAGCUGCCAUUAUGUGGACAUGCGAACUGCAAAUGUUCCUUCUGGCAGGCAAAAAUGUGAUCAGCACAGAAGCGUGCACCGUUUAAAGCUUUUUGUUGAAAGCUGGGUGACAGCAAGCUGUGAACAGCAUAUGCUCGCAGCUACCGCCGAAGCAUAAUACCAAUGCAAAACCGUUAUUAUGAUGAUUAUGUGCGACUGUGAACGUAAAUACAAGCUGGCUCUGGCUCGCUCUCAUUGGUCCAUAUUUCUGCCUGCAUCCUCCAAAUAUGGUGGGAAGUUCUCGGAUAGAAAAUGGCUCCCCGAAUUGUGCUGUAGAGUGCGUGUAGGGCCGCAGCACCCUCUGGUGUUAGGAAGGCAGUAGUGCGUUCUUCCCCAUGUCUUUCUCAGCCCUGCUUUUCAUUACAGGGCAGCAGACCUCUCUCUCUCUCUCUUUCCCUCUCUCGCUCUCGCUAGCCCGAAUAGAGCACUGCCCACCUGGACCACUGUGACGGAGAUGGGAGGUCCUGUUUUGCUGUAUAAAAUGUACAUUUGACUGUAACCCUGUGAAUGAUGUAACAAUUUCAUUAUUUGUAAUAUUGUUAUUGGUUUAUUUUCUAAAAAUUGAAAAAAGCCCAACUUGACUCUCCUCAUUAAAACAUGAAAUGAGAUCUGUUA